AUGAGUAUAAGCAGUGAUGAGGUCAACUUCUUGGUAUAUAGAUACUUGCAAGAGUCAGGAUUCUCUCAUUCAGCAUUCACCUUUGGUAUAGAAAGCCAUAUCAGUCAGUCUAACAUAAAUGGUGCCCUCGUCCCGCCUGCUGCAUUGAUUUCUAUCAUCCAGAAAGGUCUACAGUAUGUAGAGGCAGAAGUUAGUAUUAAUGAGGAUGGUACCUUGUUUGAUGGUCGACCAAUAGAGUCUCUGUCACUGAUAGAUGCCGUAAUGCCUGAUGUAGUACAAACAAGACAACAAGCUUAUAGAGAUAAACUUGCACAGCAACAAGCAGCAGCUGCUGCAGCUGCUGCAGCUGCAACAAACCAACAAGGAUCUGCAAAAAAUGGAGAAAACACGGCAAAUGGGGAGGAGAAUGGAGCACAUACUAUAGCAAAUAAUCAUACUGAUAUGAUGGAAGUGGAUGGGGAUGUUGAAAUCCCUCCUAAUAAAGCAGUUGUGUUACGGGGCCAUGAAUCUGAAGUUUUCAUCUGUGCCUGGAACCCCGUUAGUGAUCUCUUGGCAUCAGGGUCUGGAGACUCAACAGCAAGAAUAUGGAAUCUUAGUGAAAAUAGCACGAGUGGCUCCACACAGUUAGUACUUAGACAUUGUAUACGAGAAGGCGGGCAAGAUGUCCCAAGCAACAAGGAUGUGACAUCGCUAGAUUGGAAUAGUGAAGGUACACUUCUAGCAACUGGUUCUUAUGAUGGGUUUGCCAGAAUAUGGACAAAAGAUGGUAACCUUGCUAGCACUUUGGGGCAGCAUAAAGGUCCCAUAUUUGCAUUAAAAUGGAAUAAGAAAGGAAAUUUCAUCCUAAGUGCUGGAGUAGACAAGACUACAAUUAUUUGGGAUGCACAUACUGGUGAAGCCAAGCAACAAUUUCCUUUUCAUUCAGCACCAGCAUUGGAUGUUGACUGGCAGAGCAACAACACUUUUGCUUCUUGUAGUACAGAUAUGUGCAUUCAUGUCUGUAAAUUAGGACAAGACAGACCUAUUAAAACAUUCCAGGGACACACGAAUGAAGUAAAUGCUAUCAAAUGGGACCCAACUGGCAAUCUCCUGGCAUCCUGUUCUGAUGACAUGACCUUGAAGAUAUGGAGUAUGAAACAAGACAACUGUGUCCAUGAUUUGCAAGCACAUAAUAAAGAAAUUUAUACUAUCAAAUGGAGUCCAACAGGGCCAGGGACAAGCAAUCCAAAUGCCAACCUUAUGUUAGCAAGUGCAUCCUUUGAUUCUACUGUUAGAUUAUGGGAUGUAGACCGAGGAAUUUGCAUCCAUACUUUGACAAAACACCAAGAGCCUGUGUACAGUGUAGCUUUCAGUCCUGAUGGCAGGUAUCUGGCAAGUGGUUCUUUUGACAAGUGUGUGCACAUCUGGAACACACAGACAGGUGCUCUAGUUCACAGCUAUAGGGGAACAGGUGGAAUUUUUGAAGUUUGUUGGAAUGCAGCAGGAGACAAGGUUGGAGCCAGUGCAUCAGAUGGUUCAGUUUGUGUAUUAGACCUUCGGAAAUAG